GGAGGGCAGGGGAGGGGAGGGGAGAGGAGAGCUGAUCUGAGCUGCGCAACGGCUGGCGGGGCUGGUUGGGGAGGUCAAUGCGCGAUUCGAUGAUCCGGAAUGAUGAGGAGAAGCGCAGCGAGAGGAAGGGUAGUAGGGAGCGGGGAAGGGAAAGGGGAAGGGGGGAAAGGAGAGGAGGCGGGCUGGGAAUCGAGUCAUUCAUGAGGAGCGCCCGCUGAAGUGCUGGUCUCCAAUAGAGAAGAGCACAGAAAGGGAAGGGAAGGGAAGGGAAGAGAAGGGAAGGAAAGGGGAUGGGAGGGAGGAGUAAUUAGUGGAGAGUGUAGAGUUAGUGCUUGCUAGUUCGUUCGUUCGAUCGCCUCUGCCUGGCCGAAGGACGGACAGGCAGACAGCACUGCUGAUGAUGAGGUGGAUCGUCGCUGAUUGAAGGCUGUCCAUGGUCAUUGUUCACCAUCAUCCGAAGCGAAGACCUUCGCGGCAUCGUCGAAGGCAAGCGGGCCUUAGACAGUGAGGAACCUUUUCGCCGGACUAGAGUGGAGUGGGGUGGAGUGGAUUGGACUUCGAGUGGCAAGAGGAUAGGGAAGCAGAAGACGAAGAAGACGAAGUAGACGAAGAAGCGACGGAAGGACGAGAAGAGAAGGGAAGAACAGAGACGAGGGGCAGGCUCCUGUCGUUCGCUCAAAGCCGAGCGUCAAUUCUUUCGAGCGACGGUGUGCUUUUCUUUUUGCGGUUGGUUGUUGUUUGUGUGGAUCUGUUCCUUGUAGACAGAAUUCUGCGAGGGGAAGGAGCGGAGGAAGCUCGAGCGUGGACUUGCAGCCGGGCCGUCCGUGAAAUCGACGAGAGAAAUAGAGAGGGAGGGAGAGGGAGAUUUGUACAUAGAACCAGGUGAAAGAAAGGCAGGCCGGAGGUGAGGUGAGGUGAGGUGAGGUGAGGUGAGAUGGGAUGGGACGAGAUGAGAUGAGGCAGGGGUAAGUGAGGAUCAGAGCAACGAAAGGGUCCAGGGCUGACAUUGAAGGGGCGGAAUUGCAAGUGGCAGUGGCAGUGGGCAGUGGGCAGGGUAACCGUGGCGUGUAUGUACUGGACAUGGUGGUCGAGGUCGCAGGAAGAGCUGGGCGAGAGCAGAGCAGAUUUCGGAUCUGCUGAGCAGCAGAAGAGGAGGACGAGGUGAACGACGAGAUGCGUUUGUAGCCAUGGCGGCCGAUGGUGUGCUAUUAGUACAGUCCAGGUACAGAUGCGGAGCCAACGAGGGCUCGGGCUUCGCCGGGAGGGUUUCCUUUGCGAAUGGAAUUUGGGCAGGCCAUGGUGGCUAACGUCGUGUGUUAUGGUAGAGCGAGGAUGCUAGGCAGGAAUCGGGACACGCAACAGCAGGUACCACCACGGAUUCGUGAAGAGCAUCGGCUUCUAUUCCGAGAUUCGAUUGGGUUGUACGAGUCUGCCUUGGACAACCGAUGGGUGAAGAAGAAUUAGGGUACAUAUCAUUUUAAACACUGGAGUCCAGGAAAAUCAGGAAGGGUAUCAUGGACACUGUGAGAAGGGCGUAUCCACUCAAAGGUGGUGGUGGUGGAGGAAAGGGACGACGAUUGGAUAGGCGGAAUGCGAAAAAGGACAUCAGCUACAAUUCUGCGCGGGAUUCAGAUUAUUCUUCGCACGAUGGGUCGGAGUCGUCCAGCCAUUCUCGCGAGGACUGGUCGGAUUACAGAGUGUCGGGACCACAUAGCGUGGAGGAGAUCACAGUCGUGUGUGAGUUUCUGGGUCUCGGGGGACCUGCAUCUCUGGGAAUCAGCCCAGAAGCUUGGAACGCUGCGAUGGCCAGCCAUCCAUUCGACUCCUCCGCAGGCGAUCCUUCGAUGGUGAUUGGCGACGAAGCGAGGGGCGUGGAUAGCCCGAGGGUUAGUACUCCCAGAGGCGAUGCUCGGUAUGCCGAGGACGAGGAAAAGGAAUUUACGUUCGUGGUCUCUUCCAGACCGACUGAACUGGAGAACUCGUCCAGUGCACCGACGUCACGGGAGAGCUGCGCGUCAAGCGAUUCGCCGAGUCGAAGCAAGGGUGCAUCAGUGGAUCGAGAGGCCGGACUCGAUGGAUUGGGCAAGUCGCCAUCGAAGCGCAAGAAUGACGCCGACGCACUUGCUGUGGCCAGCUUUAUCGAGAAACAUCGACCUGAGCCGGAGAAACAGUCGCAACGUUUCUGGCGCCGUGGUAAUUCUCUGCCCGCCGCUCCGAGUAAGCCAAUGUCGCCCCACCCGAGCUCUGGUAUUGAGCUCAGGAGUCGCCAGGGCUCACUCUUAGGUCCCAAGAUUUUGGAUCCCCAUGCGCAAUUUCAACGCGUCCGAAGUGAGCCUGUCACGCCCGCCGACAUGCCGUCGCCUAUCUCUCGAGAAGCCCGGCAACCUCGCGACGAGCAAUCCAGCACCGGGUCCCUGUCGCGAGGCUUACCUCGCGUCACGAGACCGCUGCCCGGCCAACGUGGUAGCCCAGACAUUUCACAGGCAGCAGCUGCGGUUGCCCCGAGAGAAGAGGCGAUGCCGAGAUUGGUGGAUUCAUCCAGCAGAUCAUCGAGCGAUGGCAGCGGUGAAUUCCGGGUGUCUCCGAGGGCAGACAAGUCGCCGGAGCAAAGGGCCUCCGACAGAAAGCAAGCCAUGGCGGAUUUCAGGCCGGGCUCCUUGAACCGGCCCCCUCCGUUGAAUUUACACGAUUUGGCCCCCGAUAUGUUCUCGACUCACGACCUCCUGAUUGCAUUGGCGCCCGUCGACGUCGUCCGAGCGCCGCAAUCGCCCUCGGACAGCGACGUCGACGACGACGGCCCUCCGAACGACGAAGACUCGGUCGAUUCUCCCCCGUCGCGAGACAAUGCGGUCGUGGGCCAAACGGCGGAAUCCGUCCACACGCCUCAGGAUCUCGUCGUCGAGGUUCGCGAUCCCUCCUCGGCCGUCCAAAUCGCCGUCGUCUCCCACGAUGGCAGCAGCGCCGCCGGCCCGGACUCGCGCGCGCCGGGCGUCGCAGGGGACGGCACGGCCGAGGGCCGGCCCGCCGCCGAGCUCCAGAGCAACGGGGAGCUGCAACCGAGUCCCGACGGCCCCUCUGCCCCCUCCGAGGACUCCCUGUCAGUGAACCUGACGCAGUCCCCCGUCCCCGUGGACGGGGGCCUGCUGGACCUGAGCGCGGUGACGGACUAUGAAACACGGCCCCAAACGCCGACCUUUCCCUGGAGCAAGGGCGAUCUGCUCGGUGCCGGAUCAUUCGGAACGGUCUAUGAGGCAGUUGACAGUAAUGGUAGUUUUUUUGCAGUUAAAGAAGUUUCUCUCACCGAUACUGACAGACAGGCACAACAAUGUAUCUCCCAGCUCGAACAGGAGAUCGAACUUCUGAGCCGGUUCAAACAUGAUAAUAUUGUACAAUAUCUCGGUACGCAAAGGGCGGAUGGUAAAUUGUACAUUUUUCUGGAACUUGUUAGCAAGGGUUCUCUCGCAUCUUUAUGCAAAAAGUUCAAAUUGACGCAUUCGCAAAUUGUCGCCUAUACAAGGCAAAUUUUGAAGGGUCUCAAGUACCUGCAUGACAUGAAUAUCGUACACAGGGAUAUCAAAUGUGCCAACAUUCUCGUAGAUGUGAGGGGAACGUGCAAACUUGCUGAUUUUGGAUUGGCUAAACAGAUUUCUGCAUUGGACCAGCUGAAAUCUUGCAAAGGAAGCGCCUAUUGGAUGGCUCCCGAGGUCAUCGAUCCGAAGAAGACGUAUUGGCUUCCGGCGGACAUCUGGAGUUUGGGGUGCUCUGUGUUAGAAAUGUUCACGGGUAGUCCUCCCUUCGGGGAUCAGGAGUGGUAUCGGGUGUUGUGGAAAGUGGGUCAUGGUGAAGCUCCCCCAAUACCGGAGGAACUCUCAGAUGAUGCCAAAGAUUUUCUAGAACAAUGUUUGGAGGUCAAUCCAUCUAAAAGACCGUCCGCGACUGUGCUUCUCCAGCACAAGUUCGUAGCCACCAGCAUAACACCAACGAACUCGGGUCAAUUGAACCCCCAGAUGGUAGUUAAUAGUCUUCAUACUAUCGCUGAGGAGCGAUCUGGUGACUUCACCAAAUCCUCUGGACUUUCUUCUAGGUCUUCACUGGGUAAUUCACCUGUUUCACCUGUUUCAAAUGGACAUUCGGGACAUUGACGAGCUCUUGAUUUGACGAAGGUCAACGGAAUUUUGCCCAGGUUGUCGCGUAGGCCAUACAGAUUUUUUCAAGCUCAUGGAGUAACGUUUCUGGCUUGAGUUAUGGUAUUGACUUAGUUAGUAAGAAACAAGUAUCACUACAGGAGGUUGCGGACGAGUUCGGUCUUAAGUACAAGGAUGGCUUCAUCUCGUUUGGCACAUCAAUCUUUCGAUGAUAAGCUGCUCCGUGGAAUAGAGAUGUGCCUUUACGAAGUGUGCUGGACAGAGGCUAGCAAUCCCAUCACAGGAGAUGGCUUCAUCUCAUUAUAUUAAGGGAUGACAGGGUUGAGGAGAUCAUAUUGAGGCAUCAUGUUGAAAGCUGGGGGACCAGCAUACUUUAGAGACCAACAUGCAGGUCCAAUGUUUUGUGGGAGAGUUUGAGCAGGGUAUCCCUGUGAUUCCGGUGCAUUGUCGUUACCACAAAGCGAGGUUCUCACUCUCUUGAGCCCCGCGGUACAAAAUACACGUCCUGAAUUCAGGAACGUUACGUGCCUUAUUGGAUGCAUCGCAGUUGGAGUUCCUCUUAGAACUGUUGGCACUCACUCGGAGAAGUUACUGUAUCCGGGAACGUAACGUACCUUGUUGGACUCAUCACAGUUGAGCACCGACCAUAAGAGUCGGUCCUCACUUGAAGAAGUCACUGUGACAUUUAGAAAACAGCAUGAUUUACCUUCUAGAAGCACUGUCACAAAUAAUCAAGUAGAGAAUGUUGUGAAUAAGAGCCCAUCAUUAGUGAUGUAUCUGCGUGCGAGGUUUUCCAUGCUCUUUCUCUCUAGCCCUUUAUCAGUCUCCAAUUUGAUGCGUCUGUCCAACCAAUCCAUUUACGUGAUUGAGCUUGUAUAUUAUUCCACAAGCAAAGCAGCUACUUGUUGCGGAGUGAGUUGAAAUCAGUAUCUGGUCACAUAUCCCUCCCCUUCACUUGGUGAGUGUCGGCUGAAGUGAAGUUGGUUGUGACCAACGGAUUGUUGAGUUUUUCAAACUGUCAAGUUCAUGGCUAUCUAAACACGAGCUCGUGGGGACUUGUGGAGAUAACCUGAAGGUGAAAGACAGGGUUUGAAGAGGUUGAGUCCAGCUUUUGAGCGAAAUUGGCCUUUGAACAUGUGGCAUCUCCUGUGCAUUUUGAAGACUCUUUUUCUGGGAUUCUCGUACCGGGCCUCGCAAUCAGGCACACUUCAACGUUACCUACGGAGAGGAAAUGACAUUUUAUAUGUUCUUUUUGCCUACGACUGUAAAGUUCUAGUCAUUUCCAGAUUUGUCAGCUGGGAAUUUUUUAAAGUCCCUCUCGAGAAGAUACGUCCUGUAUAAGUAAAUUUUCACCGCCGGUCUCACCAGAGACCAUCUCCUUAGAGUAGAUGAGGCUGAUUUCUACAGCUUUCAAAAUCAUUGAAUUCAAUAUAGAUUUGGAAUUCCAGUUGUGUUGUAAGCGGGGUAUCUUCUUUUGUCCCCUGCAUGCCUUGAAGCAGUCCCUGAGCUUCUUAUCUGUUAGGACUUCAGGAGGUUAUUUACCUGCCGUGAUUUACUUUGAACACGCAGAUUUCCACUGCGAUAAGUGCUCUAGCCGUUUUAACCAUCAAUUACUUAUUGGACUCGUUUGUCAUGCCUCGGUCACUUAGCAAGCUGCAGGGGCAAUGGUGUAAAUGAGUCUGAUCUUAUCAACUCUGCAACCUUUGAGUUUUGCCUACACAAGACAGUCAAAAGUGAGAUAUUCGAAUCCUUUUUUCUUCGGUUCUCCAUAGUAAUGCAUGUUCUCCACUGUCGUAUUUACAACUCCGGCUGUGAGUUCCACAAUUGAACCUAGUGGCAAUGGAAUGAUGAGAACGAAGAAUAUAACCC